AUUAACAGACCGGCGGCACAGCGGACGGAAGCAGAAGUCAACGGCUCGAAACAAGCUAAGAGAAUAUCUACUACAACAACAUUUUUUGGACUCCAUUCAUUGAUUUGACUGAAGGACACUUUGAUCUACAUCUCUACGUUUUACAUUUCUAUUUGAACUUAUUUCAAAGUCAUCAUGUCUCAGCAACAGAUUAGCCUCCCAGCAAAGCUCAUUAAUGGAGGUAUUGCUGGCAUUGUUGGGGUCACCUGUGUCUUCCCCAUUGACUUGGCAAAGACCAGGUUGCAGAAUCAGAGACGAGGUCAGCAGGUCUACAAGAGCAUGAUGGACUGCCUUGUCAAGACAGUUCGAUCAGAGGGGUACUUUGGCAUGUACAGAGGUGCCGCUGUAAAUUUGACCCUGGUCACACCUGAGAAAGCAAUCAAGCUCGCUGCUAAUGACUUCUUCAGGCAGCACCUUUCUAAAGAUGGAAAGGGGCUGACAGUGUUCAAAGAGAUGCUGGCAGGUUGUGGUGCAGGCAUGUGCCAAGUCAUUGUCACCACGCCAAUGGAAAUGCUCAAGAUACAGCUACAGGACGCAGGCAGACUUGCAGCCCAGCAGCAGAAACCAGUCAUGAUGUCACCCUCCAAGAUCGUGGCCACCAACGCCGUGCUCAGCCGCUCCUACAACUCAGGCACCGUGGUGUCAACACCACGAGCUGUGUCCGCCACGCAGAUCGCGAAGGAACUCCUCCACACGCAGGGCAUCCAGGGGCUCUACAAAGGGCUGGGAGCAACACUGAUGAGGGAUGUUCCCUUUUCUAUUGUCUACUUCCCGUUGUUUGCCAACCUGAACAACCUGGGCAGACCCAGUCCUGAAGAGUCGUCACCUUUCUAUUGGGCUUUCCUCUCUGGCUGUGCGGCAGGUUCUGCCGCUGCUGUGGCUGUUAACCCCUGUGACGUGGUGAAGACGAGACUGCAGUCAUUAAACAAAGGGUCCAGCGAGGAGACUUAUGAUGGAGUUGUGGAUUGUGUGAGUAAAAUAAUGCGGAAGGAGGGACCCUCUGCUUUCCUGAAAGGCGCCGGCUGUCGAGCUCUGGUCAUCGCUCCUCUGUUUGGCAUCGCACAGGUUAUGUACUUUGCCGGAGUCGGAGAAUUCAUUCUGGACAACUCGCCUCUGAACCUCCUGUCGGCAUAAGAGCGAAAGACUUGCUGGCUAUGCAUAGGACCUUCUGAGCGUAGAUGGUAGAACAACUGGCAGCUACAUACAUCAGUUUACAGAGAAAAAAAACAGGGGUCUUGUCUGACAGUCAGAAAGGCUCAUGAAGACCUACCAUGUUACCUUCUGCGCGGACUGACAGCUGUGUUGCACUAAAACACUUUUGUGACUUAUUCAGUAGUGGAUAACCUACGUUUGCACUUGAAGCUGUUAGCCUUACUGGACUGAGGGACGCAAAGUUGCAGUGUUAUUCUUUCUUUGUCCCCGAGUCCUGUUCUGUUUCCCUCUGUGAGGGAGGGAGCUCACUCCAUCAAAGAGUCAGACCUAUAUUUUAUGUUUUCUUCCAUGCUAUCACUUUUUAUAUUACUUUGUAUGUGUAUGCCACUUUCAUUUUGAAUGCAGCAGCUUGAAAUACUUAGUAUGUUUUUUUCCAUUUCCAUUGCUGUCUCAUGUUACAAAGCCUUUAAAUUUGAACAGAUUUUUCAAAUGGGGCCCAAUUUAUACAGUUCAUUUCAAAUGGAU